AGAUCGCCCCGCCCACCUGACCCGCCUCUGCGCCGCCGGGCUGCGUGAGUCUCAUGAGCGUGCGCUGGUACGUCAUCUUCGCGCGACGUUCGGUUCGCUGUGUGUGUCGCCGGCUCCUUGAGGGUCCAUGUGAUUUUUACGCCAGUGCUGCUGAACUGUGCAGGCUAGGGAGCUGGCACAGUCCGAUUAAUUGUCCUUGGGUCGAGGUGUCUCGUCGGACCCUUUGGGGCUCAGUGGAGAAUUAAGGCAAAGUCACUGUAAUUAUUUCUAAUACCAAUUCCAAAAUAGUGACUCUUGGACAAUAGUGCAAUUAUAUGGAAUUAUGGCUGGUUAUAAGCCUGUAGCUAUUCAGACAUAUCCUAUACUUGGUGAAAAAAUCACCCAAGAUACACUGUACUGGAACAACUAUAAGACCCCUGUUCAGAUUAAGGAAUUUGGUGCAGUUUCAAAAGUAGACUUUUCUCCUCAGCCUCCAUAUAAUUAUGCUGUCACAGCUUCCUCAAGAAUUCACAUUUAUGGCCGAUACUCCCAAGAACCUAUAAAAACCUUUUCUCGAUUUAAAGACACAGCAUACUGUGCUACUUUUCGACAAGAUGGUAGAUUGCUUGUGGCUGGCAGUGAAGAUGGUGGAGUUCAACUUUUUGAUAUAAGUGGGAGGGCUCCCCUCAGGCAGUUUGAAGGCCAUACAAAAGCAGUUCAUACAGUAGAUUUUACAGCUGACAAAUAUCACGUGGUCUCUGGGGCUGAUGAUUAUACAGUUAAAUUAUGGGAUAUUCCAAACUCCAAAGAAAUUUUGACAUUUAAAGAACACUCUGAUUAUGUGAGGUGUGGAUGUGCUAGCAAACUUAAUCCGGAUCUCUUUAUAACAGGAUCAUAUGAUCAUACUGUGAAGAUGUUUGAUGCACGAACGAGUGAGAGUGUUCUCUGUGUUGAGCAUGGGCAGCCAGUGGAGAGUGUCCUACUUUUCCCCUCUGGAGGUCUUCUGGUGUCAGCAGGAGGUCGUUAUGUUAAAGUCUGGGACAUGUUAAAAGGAGGACAAUUGCUAGUAUCUUUGAAAAAUCAUCACAAAACCGUGACAUGUUUAUGUCUAAGCAGCUCUGGACAGAGGUUACUCUCUGGCUCACUGGAUAGGAAGGUGAAAGUAUAUAGCACAACUUCCUACAAAGUAGUCCACAGUUUUGAUUAUGCAGCUUCAAUUUUGAGUCUUGCCCUUGCACAUGAAGAUGAGACAAUAGUUGUAGGAAUGACCAAUGGAAUACUGAGUGUUAAACAUCGGAAAUCUGAAGCAAAGAAGGAAUCACUUCCCAGAAGAAGAAGGCCUGCAUAUCGAACCUUUAUUAAAGGAAAAAAUUACAUGAAGCAACGGGAUGACAUUUUGAUUAACAGGCCAGCAAAGAAGCACCUAGAAUUGUAUGACAGGGAUCUGAAACAUUUUCGGAUCUCUAAGGCACUCGAUAGAGUUCUUGAUCCCACUUGUACAAUAAAGACACCCGAGAUUACGGUGUCCAUCAUAAAGGAGUUAAAUCGAAGAGGAGUCCUUGCAAAUGCGCUUGCAGGUCGGGAUGAGAAGGAAAUCAGUCAUGUUCUUAAUUUUUUGAUAAGGAAUCUUUCUCAGCCAAGAUUUGCCCCUGUUUUAAUCAAUGCUGCUGAAAUAAUUAUUGAUAUAUAUCUGCCUGUAAUUGGUCAGUCCCCUGUAGUUGAUAAAAAGUUUUUAGUACUUCAAGGACUUGUAGAAAAAGAGAUUGAUUACCAAAGAGAAUUGUUAGAAACCUUGGGGAUGAUGGAUAUGCUUUUUGCCACUAUGAGAAGGAAGGAAGGCACUUCUGUGUUGGAACACACAUCUGAUGGAUUUCCAGAGAAUAAGAAGAUAGAAUCAUAGUGUCUGCUAAAUAAGACAUAUAAGAACUCUGAAGUUGGAAUAGAUUUGACUGUAUUAAAUGUUGGCGAGAGACUCUCUUUGAUACAUUAAAAAAACUGUUUGCAGAAGCAGUUCUAUGGAAGAGACUGGAAUAAUUAUGGCCGGAAAACAAGUACCUGUUUUAAGUAAGACAUGGUUUUCCAUGUAAUAUUUUGAAUUAUAGCAUCUUCACCUAGAAGAUCUCAAUUGUCUUAGUCACAGAGUAGGUUUAUCUGGGAUGGAUAUUAAUUUUAAUACAGGAGUGUUCUGUAUCAACAUUUGGGUUGGUAUUCAGAUGGGAAUUCAAAUAUGAAUCCUCUCUGGAGAGGGUCCAACUGGGAAUCCUGCUAAAGGAGCAAAGCCUUGUAUUACCUCUGGAAGACAACAAAAACAAUUGGCAACAACAAAAAGCCUCUUUCUUGACUUUAAUCAGUGCCUUUGGGAUUUCUAGGCCCUUGCUUAGCUUGCUUCCUGUCUCCUUGAUAUCUACACUUGUCUUAGAUCACAUGCCCUGCUUCAGCUGGUAAUGGGACUGCAUCGGUUCCAAGUGUGGCAAGUAAGUGGUUGGCUCUGAAGAACUGACACUAGCUAGAUUUGUAUUCAGAGUGUGAGAGCAAGCUCUACAGAUAGACCUUAUCGGACUACUUUUUUUUUUCUUCAUGCAGCCUUUCUACCAAGUUUUCACCUUGUUUCAGGUCAGAGGAAUGAUAGAAUUUGUCAUUUUUCUUACAACAGCCUUUCAGACUAUUCUUCAUAUGUUUCAAGCUAAUCUUGUAGCUAAGCUACCUAAUCCUCUGAAAACUGUUUUCUCUGAUUUGUAUUUAGAUUCCUCCCCCCAUUAUUCACAAUCAUAUUGUAUUUCGGAACCCCAAUCCAGAGCAGUUUGCUUUGAAAAAUAGUUGUUUUUAAAAGUUUAAUGUAAAUAAUUAUUUUUUAGAAGUUUUUUUUUUUUUUUUAAAGACAGGGUCUCGCUUUAUCGCCCAGGCUGUAGUACAGUGAUGCAAUCUCAGUCCACUGCAACCUCUGCCCUCCCGGGUUUAAGCAGUUCUCCUGCCUCAGCCUCCUGAGUAGCUGGGAUUACAGGUGUGCACCACCACGCCUGGCUAAUUUUUGUAGUUUUAGUAGAGACGGGGUUUCACCUUACCGGGCUGGUCUAAAACUCCUGACCUCAAGUGAUCUACCUGCCUCUGCCUCCCAAAGUGCUUGGAUUACAGGUGUGAGCCACUGUGUCCAGCCUGUAACUAUUAUUUUUUUAUAAAGAGAAAUUCUUAUUUUCUUGGCUUUUUGAUGUAUCUGUUCCUGAUAGAUAAUCAUUGGCUAGUAACUCCUAGUACACUGAUUUCACAGUUGCUACCUCUUCUGCUUUUCUCUAAUUAUUACGCCAACUCAAGUAGUUAAAAAUCAGUAAGAAAAAUGUCUUGCGCUAGAAGAACCCAUAGAGGAAGAUUUUGUAAUGCGAAUCUCCUCUCAUAAUUUUAGUUCUGUAAAUUCAGGGGUUUUUUUUGUUUUUUUGUUUUUUUUAAGCAGAAAAAAUGCUUAAUAUGUUCCAGUAAGGGUAUUAAGUAAAAAUUAAAUAAACGUAUUAAGUUUAACAUAUUAAGUUAAUUUAACAUUUAGACUAACAUUAACAUUUAAAUUAAUAUAUUAAGUGAAUAUACUUAAUAUAUUCUAGUACAGGUAUGCUUGGAAAUAGGGCGUUUCCUUUUCAUGAAUUGAUUUCGUACAGCACAGUGGCUUAUAAGGAACCAGCAGUGUUUUUCCCUGAGUAAUUAUGAACUUAGUCAAGAUCAGAAGCUGGGUUUUGGGGUUGAGAAGAGUUCAUUUAUUUAAAUAAAGUUUCUAUUUAAAAACCUUUUUAAAAA